CUCAGGCUAUCAACAUGCGGGGUGGAUGUGUUGACUGAAACCAACGUGUGUUGAAAAUUAAGUCAAAUUUCGUCAACGCAGCUGCCAUAAUAUUUAAUUUAGUUUUAGAAAGGGUGUUUUUUCUGUUAGGAAGAUGGCGAAUACAAACCUUCAAUUCAAGACAAAUUAUGCGGUUUCCAACAAGAUUGAGCCGUUUUACAAAGGAGGGAAAGUGCAGAUCAGCAAUGAUGAGAUUUACAUCUUUUGCACCUGUGGCUCUCGUGUCAAUGUUCUGGAGAUCAGCACAGGGAAGAUUGUCCACAGUGUUGAGCAUGAUGAUCUAGAGGACAUCACAUCUUUUGCACUCAGCUAUGAUGAUGAGCUGCUGGUAACAGCCAGCAGGGCUCUGCUGCUGAAGCAGUGGGACUGGAAGCAAGCUCAAUGUACACGUUCCUGGAAGGCCAUCCACACUGUGCCUGUAGCCAGUAUGGCCUUUGACUCCACCUCUACACUCUUGGCCACAGGUGGCUGUGAUGGUACCAUAAAGCUUUGGGAUGUGUUGAAGCAAUACUGCACACAUAACCUGAAAGGGUCAUCUGGUGUUGUGAACCUUGUUCAGUUUCACCCAGACAUCAGCCGACUGCAGCUCUUCUCCUCCUCUCUGGACUGCGGCAUCCGGAUAUGGGACUUGAGCUCCAGUCAGUGUGUGUGUGUGCUGCAAAGCCACUACAGUGCAGUCACUUCCCUCUGCUUCAGCCCUGAUGGUGACACGAUGGUCAGUUCUGGCAGAGAUAAGAUCUGCACAGUCUGGGACCUUGAGACUCGUAAACCCAAGAGAACUGUUCCUGUCUAUGAGGCUGUAGAGGGCGUUGCACUGUUGCCAGAAGAUGAAGAUUUCUCUCAGAUUGGCGUGAAGAGCAAAGACCUGCAUUUCAUCACUGCUGGCAGCAAAGGUGUGUUGAGAGUGUGGGAGGCCACUACAGCACGCUGUGUCUACACCCAGGCCCUUCCCUCCACCCUCACCCCUGCUUCUGAGGACGAGCAGGAGAAGGACGAUGACCCUCGCAGUCUAACGUACCUGCUUUACCUGCCCACAUCUAAUAAGCUGGCCACAGUCACUGCUGAACACAACAUAGUGCUUUACCAGCUGCCUGCCCUCACCACACAGCAGCAGUUUGUGGGUUACAGUGACGAGGUGCUGGAUGUGAAGUUUCUGGGUAAAGACGACAGUCACAUCGUGGUGGCCACUAACAGUUGCCAGCUUAAAGUGUUUGAGCUGCUCAACAACAGCUGCCAGAUCCUCUAUGGACACACAGAUACGGUCUUGUCACUGGAUGUGUUCAAGAAAGGUUCCCUCUUUGCAAGCUGUGCGAAGGACAGGUCAGUGCGUGUGUGGAAGAUGGACAGUGACAGUGGUCAGGUGCGAUGUGUGGCUCAAGGCUCCAGCCACGCAAAUGCCGUGGGCUCCAUCACCUGCUCCAGGAUGAAAGCGUCUUUCAUAGUGUCUGGCAGUCAGGACUGCACAGUAAAGGUGUGGGACCUGCCAGUGGACUUGCCUUCGACAGAGGAGGACAUGCAUGAGCUGACCGCUCGCUCCACGGAGAAGGCGCAUGAUAAGGAUGUAAACAGCGUUGCAGUGUCACCCAAUGACAAGCUUUUGGCCUCAGGCUCCCAGGACCGUACUGCCAAGCUGUGGUCGCUGGCAGGGGAAGGGAACAUAGGCUUGCUGGGUGUAUUUCGUGGUCAUCGUCGUGGUGUCUGGGCCGUGUGCUUCUCUCCUGUCGACCAGGUGCUGGCCACAUCCUCUGCAGAUGGCACCACCAAGCUCUGGAGCCUGCAAGACUUCAGCUGCCUUAAGACAUUUGAGGGACACGAUGCAUCAGUUUUGAAAGUCGUAUUUGUGAGCCGAGGCACUCAGCUUCUAACAAGUGGGUCAGAUGGUUUGGUCAAGCUGUGGACCAUAAAGACCAAUGAGUGUGUGAAAACACUGGACGCCCACCAAGACAAAGUGUGGGGUCUCCACGCCAGCUGCAAAGAUGACAAGAUGGUGACUGGGUCAGCGGACUCCAAUAUCACUGUGUGGUUGGAUGUGACAGAAGUGGAACUGGCAGAGGAGCAGGCAAAACAGGAGGAUCAAAUCCUCAAGCAGCAGGAGUUGUCCAAUCUGCUUCAAGAGAAGAAGUACCUCAAGGCCCUGGGUCUUGCCAUCUCACUGGACCAGCCGUACACCGUGCUCACUGUGAUCAAAGCAAUCCGUCAGGGUGAAGACAGACAGGAGCUGUUGGAGAAGACGCUACUAAAACUACGACUGGAUCAAAAAGAGUCACUCCUGCGCUACUGUGUAGUGUGGAACACCAACGCCCGAAACUGUCAGGAUGCUCAGGCCGUCCUCCAGGUUCUCCUCACACACCUGCCGCCCGAGGAGCUGCUGCAGUACCAAGGCGCCCGAACACACCUGGAGGGCCUCAUUCCGUAUACAGAGAGGCACAUGCAGAGGAUUGGACAUUUACUGCAGGCGUCCAUGUUCCUUAACUACAUGUGGCAGAAGAUGAGAGUGGCUGGAGCUCCAUCCAGUAUGGGUCAAGAUGAAGAAAUGGACACCACUCCCCUUUCACAGACCACCAAACCUUUCUUCGCGAUCGACAAGGAGAAAGAAAAUGGCAGCGGCGAGGAGAGCCGAGAUGCCGGUGACGACGGCGAUAGCGGACAAGAUGAAGAUCCAAAUUGCCCGGUUGAGGAUGAGGAUGAGGAUGACGGCGAGGUCAGCGUCGUCGUCAUGAAAGCCUCCGUAAACAACGGGAGACUGGAAAACGGAGAAAGCAGAGCAACAAAUGCCGCCCACCACUCUGGAAGUGAGGAGAGCUCGGAUGAAGACGACAUAGGGGAAAAUGAGAUCGAUCAAACCAAAACGGCGAAAUGUCUCCCAGUUUCGUCUGCACCUCAGUGUCCAGCUUUCACCAGCUGACAGGGAUCAGGAAGCUGAGGACAGAUGACUCACUCCCUCUCAGGAGACCCUCUUAUCUCGGACGAUUAGCUGGAGGAACACACUGAAUGUGUCGCUGUGCAGGAAGAGACGGGGGGUGGGAUGAUGACACAGAAAACGGUAGUCUCUGUCCUCAUGUCCUCAGACGAGAUGGACAGAAUGGAGUCAAGGAUGGAGGAGGGACAGGUGAAAAGGAGCUACAUAAGUGACUUCACAUCCCUCAUAGCAAAUACCAACACCCAUUGUCUGGUUCUGGAAUGCUGCACAGUCCUGAUCCACUGGCUCUACCACAGCACAGCAAGCUCCUUAAAUUACCAUACAUUAUUUUUUAUGUAAUACACAUUUUUAUAAAAGGAAAAAUAGGUUUGUUGUGAUUAAAACGAGUUAAAAAUGA